GUUUAGUGCAAACUUCCAGCCUAACCACAACCAGCACCAGCACCAGCACCAGCAGCUGCAGUGACAACACGCGCACAACAGCAUCCACCACAUCAUGAACCGCAUCAUCAUUGCCCUCGCCGCCGUGUGCGUCUGCAGUGUCUCGGCCCAGGUCUACCUGAACCAACCGAUCGCGCUGGCACUCCAGCAACCAGCUCCGGCCGUCCGUGAGGCAUCGCUGGCACAUCCCGCGGUCGUGGAGAACGCACUGCAUGAGGCACAGUAUCCGGAUCAGUUCCGUAACAACUUCUACAAGAACCCGCACAUCGCCGAAGCGCUCGCCAAGCACUCGUGGUUCGGUGAUAAGGAGAUGCCGGUGUUUGAGCGCGAGGCUGACAAGAUCCCGCGCGAUCGUAUUGUGAAGAUCUUCAAGAAUGCCGGAUUCGUGCGCAGGCGUUAACGCCGUUGAGGGUGCGGCCGGUGAUCAGUUGAAUGAUCGCCAGUACAAUGACAAGACAAUUUCCUGUUCCAGCUCAGCCCAAGGACUUACGCCUCCCGAAUUCUACUCCUCUAUUGCCGUUGUGGUUGUGUGUUCUUGAAACACUCGUACUCUUUCGUACUUGUUUCUCGCGAAGAACACUUGUGAUUGUGAUCGUGUCGAUCCGGCACGUGUCUGCGCGUGUGUAUGUGUGUACAUAGUCGUUAAUUUAUUGUGCCAAUAAAGUAUUUAUUACGAGAUUGAUG